AUGUGCAAGGUGUUUGCAAUGACUUUGCGAGGAGCAGCCCAGGAUUGGUUUCAUACCCUGCCAUCCGGGUCGAUCAACAGCUUCAAGGAGCUUACUUACGUCUUCACUAAAGAAUACACUUCUUAUCGGACGAUCAAGAAGAACCCCGACCAUCUGUUCAACCUGCGCAAGAAGGCCGAGGAAUCCCUUCGAGAUUACAUCAAGAGGUUCAAAGCAGAAAAGGCCAACAUCGUAGGGUGCGAUGACCAAAUCGCAUCCUCCGCAUUCAAGAAAGGUCUUCCAGCAGAACAUGACUUAUACCGCGAGCUGACUAUCACUCUCAGCCAGACUCUGGCAGAGGUCUUAGCGACCGCAGAACCCUAUGCACUCUGGGAUGACGAUCGAAUCGCUGCGAAGAAGUCCACUGAGCAGGCCAUCCAGCAGAUAGAAGACCGCGAUACCGCCAAGGAGCCACCCCAGAAGGUCAUAAGGAUUAACACAAUCCUAGCCGACUCCGAGGAGUCUGGACUGACCAACAAAGAAAAGAAGAGGAAGAUCAAACAGGCUACUAUGAUCUCCCAAGUCUCAACUAGCCUCUCACUGGCAGAAGACGAUCCCGUGAUCGGCUUUCAAAAGAAAGACUUAAUCGGCCUUGAUCUACCACACAAUGACGCCCUUGUCAUCAGCAUUCAAAUCGCUCAGGCCAUGGUCGACCGAGUCCAUGCAGAUGAGGGCAGUGCAGCCAACAUCCUACAAUUGGCAGUCAUCCAACAGAUGGGCUUAGAGGCAAAGAUCAAUAAAUCAGCCAAGUCGCUGACUGGUUUCAAUGGCGCAACGACAGUUACCGUGGGCACGAUAGAUCUCGACGUCUACUCUCCACCUGUAAUCAGCUCACAAACGUUCAUGGUCAUUGAUGAAGUAUCACCCUACAAUGGCAUUCUAGGCCGACCAUGGAUCGGCAAGAUCAAUGCCAUCACCUCCGCCACACAUCAGAAGAUUCGUUACCCAGUUCCCGGGGGGCGGUAUCAGCCAGAUCAACAGCGAUCAGACAAUGGCGAGGAAAUGCUCAGCUCAAGGGCUGAAGAAAGGCAAGCAAACACAGACCAAGUCGAGGGAAUCCGUCCGGAGGUCUCUCCUGAAGAAGGAUGGAAGCCCGAAGAGGACGCCGAGCUAGUACCCCUUGAUCCUGACAAGCCAGAGAGAAAAGCGCGGAUCGGCUCCCGCCUAAGCCAUGAGGAAAAGAUAGAGCUUGCAGCCUUCCUCCGGAACAACAAAGACGUAUUUGCAUGGUCGCCAUCCGACAUGCCUGGCAUCGAUCUCCAGAUCAUCUGCCAUCGCCUACACGUCAACCCAGCCAUCAAACUUGUAGCGCAGAAGAGACUCAACUUCGCCCCCGAGCGGGUUGCUAUCAUUGAAGCCGAGAUCGAUAAGCUUCUAGCUGCUGGUUUCAUUCAAGAAGUCUCCUACGUAGAAUGGCUGGCGAACGUUGUUCUAGUGGCAAAGAAAGAUAAAGGUCUGUGGAGAGUGUGCGUCGACUACACCGACCUCAACAAGGCAUGCCCUAAAGAUAACUUUCCACUACCUAGAAUUGAUCAGCUCGUCGAUUCAACUUCCGGCAACCAACUGCUAAGCUUCAUGGACGCCUACUCCGGCUACAACCAAAUCAUGAUGCAUGAAGAUGACAAGGCUAAAACCUCUUUCAUCAUCGAAAGAGGUACAUACUGCUACAAAGUCAUGCCCUUUGGGCUGAAGAACGCCGGAGCAACCUACCAAAGGCUGGUGAACAAAAUUUUCAAGGAGCAAAUCGGCAAGACUAUGGAGGUCUACGUAGACGACAUGCUAGUCAAAGCUCCCGAGCGAGCAGACCACAUCAAGAACCUUGCCGAGGCAUUCAGCCUACUCCGAAAAUACAACAUGAAGUUGAACCCGAGCAAAUGCACGUUUGGAGUCUCGUCCGGCCGAUUCCUGGGAUACUUAGUCACCCAAAGAGGAAUUGAGGCACAUCCAAAUCAAAUCAAGGCUAUACUCAACAUGAAGUCACCUGCCACAACAAAGGAGAUACAAAGUCUAACGGGUAGGGCGGCAGCUCUCAACCGAUUCCUCUCAAGAUCUACCGACAAGUGCAGGCCAUUUUUUAAAGCCUUGAAGAAAGGACACAGGGACAAGUGGGAUGAUGAGUGCGAAGUAGCUUUUCAAAACUUGAAAACCUACCUCACUUCACCUCCCUUACUCUCAAAACCGAUACCAGGCGAAGACUUGUACAUCUACCUGGCGGUGUCCGACUCAGCUGUCAGCUCAGCUCUCAUCCGAGAAGAGCUAGGGGCACAACAUCCGGUAUUCUACACUUCAAAAGCUCUCCUUGAUGCAGAGACUCGCUAUCCAAAAAUGGAGAAGCUCAUUUUUUCGCUUGUAGUUUCCGCGAGAAAACUAAGGCCCUACUACCAAGCACACCGGAUAAUUGUCAUGACAGAAUUUCCUUUGAGAUCGAUCCUCCACAGCCCCGACGCUUCUCAGCGACUCAUGAAAUGGGCUAUCGAACUCAGUCAAUACGACCUCCUCUACCAGCCGAAGACUGCUAUAAAAGCCCAAGCUUUAGCAGAUUUUGUUGUAGAGUUUACUCCGACAGCCGAAGAAGAGAAGAUGGUCACAAAAAGCAAGGAAAAAGCAGACGACACUUCCCCCACCGAUUCAAACCUACCUAACGACAUGUGGCAAUUGCAUGUAGACGGAGCAUCAAAUCACAAAGGAGCAGGGGCAGGCGUCGUCAUAAUCACCCCAGACGGAACCUUGUUGGAACAAGCCAUCACACUAGGCUUUUCUGCUUCAAACAAUGAGGCAGAAUAUGAGGCAUUGCUCGCAGGACUGCGCCUAGCAAAAGAACUGACGAUCAAGAGAUUAGCCAUCUAUUCAGACUCCCAGUUGAUCACGAAUCAAGCCUCAGGCGAGUACAUGGCAAAGCAUCCAAGAAUGAUCCAGUACCUCGACAAAGUCCAAGGACUUUUGAAAGAAUUUCCUACUUUCACCAUCCAACAAGUUCCACGGGCAGAGAACACUCAUGCAGAUGCGUUGGCAAGCCUAGGAUCAGCGCUGGACACCCAGUUCAGACGCUCCAUCCCAGUCGAACACCUUGAUCGACCAAGCAUCGAAGAAAUAGAGCCAAUCGACUCAAUGCAGAUCGAUGAAGACCCCAGCUGGCAAGACCCCAUCAUCGACUACUUAGUAAAUGGAAAUCUGCUAAUGGAUAAGUCCGAAGCUAGGAAGGUCCAAUAG